AUUACGAUUCUCCUUGUUGAUAAGACUUAUCAUUUUGACAUUUCACCUUGUUGGAUUUGAGCAUCCCGUGUUAUCUAACCUCAUACUUUUUUGUAUUAAUUAAAAAUAUAACGAUGACUUACGACCUCAAAAGGGAAGAGGAAGUGAAAGAAUACGUUGAAAACCUCGGUAUUGAAUAUAGGUUUGGUUGUUACAAAGAGAAAAAACCGGAGGUCUGUCACCUUUUGGGGGAUUAUUUAGAAGCUAUAAAAAAGGAUUUUAGCAAAGCGGCGGCGGUUUUCAAGACCAAUUGCGACGAUUAUAAUUACGGGAAAUCAUGUUUAAAGUACGGAAAUUACGCGUUGUUGGGAAAAGGCAGGGAAAAGAGUGACACACAGGAGGCAUUAAAGUAUUUCGAGAAGGGUUGUGAAUUGAACGAUCCUACGGCAUGUUUACAUGCUGGGGUGAUUUUUACAGCCACUGGACCCGCUGUUACUGUACAACGAGAUGUUCCAAAAGGUUACAACUACUUAAAGAAAAGCUGUGAUCAAAAUGAUGCUAUGGCUUGUCACUAUCUAGCUGGCAUGUACUUAACGGGAGUCCCGAAGAAUCCGACAGAGUAUAACCCACACGAUCCAGAGAAGAACAAAAAUUUAGACUACCUCAUAAAACCGGAUCCGAAACAGGCUUUUGGUUUUGCCAAAAAGGGUUGUGAGAAUGGUAACAUAUUUGCCUGUGCGAACGUCAGUUUGAUGUACAAGAAAGGGGAAGGAGUCAAACAAGAUCUGGAACAAUCGAAGAGAUAUUUCAAGCUGGCGGAGACAUUACAAAAAGCCGAUGAAACUACAAAGCAAUUGAAAUUCCAACAAGGACUCGAGAAUAAAUAGAUUGAGAUAUCAAACAUAUUGUGAUUGUUGAAUAGAUUAAUAAAUUAUCUCGUUAUAAAUACAAUUUUAUUUUAGAAA